AUGGCCAAAGGCAAAAAGCAACCCCGCCAAGGUCCAGCCGAACCCCAAGACGCAGGAAUAAUGAUCGAACUAAAGUCUAAUAACGACAGCUACAAGUAUCUCGUUCCAAACCCCACUCGUCUUCUAACCUACCAAGCUCUUGUAAUUCUCCUUCAUAUACUUCCCAGUACCUGGUACAGCAUCAUAACAGCCGAGCUAUCGACUCCGUGCAGCAAGAAUGGCGAACCACUCGCUAACCUCGAUGUAGUCGAAUGUAUAUUUGCUCAAAAAACCCAUCCCUGCCAAGUACGAGAAGGAUACGGUGUGCCUGAUCACCGACCAAAGUUUAGACUCGGCGGGCAAGCCAUUUUGCCUGAUUAUACUAAGGACAUGACAAGUUCGGUGUAG